AUGCACGCUCUCAUAGUUGAUCAUAAGUUGGUUAUGGAGAAGAUCCUCAAAAAGCUAGGUGUUACCGUUGAUGUGGCUGCGACCAGUCAGCAGGCAUUGGAACACCUGCAGCGGUGUAUCCACGGCCUGGCUUUACGAAGGCCAGAUGUUAUUUUCAUGAAUUGGUCGCUCCAGAUGAAAAUUGGCCCCGUUGACGGACCCGAAACGACUCAUAUCAUCCGAACGCAACCUCCUUUCUCAACUGAUCUCAGAACCCUUUCUACGCCCAUAAUAGCCCUAACCAAUCACUCAAUUUUGCCCUCGUCACCCAGCCAUCUUUGGGCUCCAUUUACUAGAGACGGCGAAAUUCGAAUUCCAGUGAGACUGACCGACGUUGCGAAGAUAAUGAAAUCAGUUAGGUUCGAAGUGGUUCCAGCUGCAACGACCCCUGGGAAUAAUGCUUCAUUUGCAAGCCACAACAACAACAGCUUGGUAAGAAGACCAAUUUGGGGACCGAUGCCCCUGAGAAGAUAUCCAGGCCCAAGAUCUCUGUUAUGA